CGACAACUUUUCAGUAGAUGGUUUACCAUUGCACAACAGUAGUAGCAUGCAAUUUUGGCCCAUAUUAUUUAAAAUCAACGAACUACCCAAAGCACCGGUUAUGACAGCCGCUAUCUUCUGUGGUCUUAAAAAGCCGGAUAGCAUCGAUGAGUAUCUCGGGCCGUUGGUAAACGAAUUAAACCUUUUGCAUUCUAACGGAAUCAAAAUCAACGGAGAACUUAUCACCAUUACGCUAAGUGCUAUCGUUGCUGACACUCCAGCCAGGGCUUUUAUAAAAGGCGUUAAAGGACAUACUGCAUACGCAUCUUGUAUGAAAUGCACUAAAAAUGGAGUAUUCAACAAGGAGUCUAAAACAACGGUAUUUUGUAGGAUCAACGCACCUAAAAAAACUGAUGAAGGCUUCAGAGCCGAUAAUUACCCUGGGUACCGAAUCAUACCGACUCCCCUUUUGCAACUGGCACAAUUCGACAUGAUACGUGAUAUCAUUGUGGCAGAUCGGUUGCAUCUCAUCGACCUCGGGAUCAUGAAGCGUUUACUUUUGGGAUGGCGAGACGGCAAGUUGGGCAUAAAAGCUUGGAACAAACAACAAAUUGAGUUGAUAGAUAAAGCAUUGGACAAGAUUCGGCAACCAUCAGAAGUGCAUCGAAAGCAGCGUCCUAUAAAGUACAUCAAGUACUGGAAAGCAUCUGAGUGUGCAUUUUUUCUCCACUAUCCGGCGAUCGCAGUACUGAAAGAUCAUCUACCACAAAAUGUAUACAAACAUUUCUUGUUUUGUGCUAUAACAAUUCUAUCUACAAGACUCUACAAGCAAAAAUGGCCUCUCGCUGGACAACGGCUGGAUAAAUUCGUAGCGGAUUUCCCCACAGUCUAUAACGAGCGAUAUAUGACGAACAACAUCCACAUUUUGCAGCACGUAUUUGAAGACGUUGAUCGUUUUGAACCCUUGUCAGAAAUUUCUACUUAUCCAUUCGAAAAUAUGAUCCAAUACCUGAAAAAUUUAUUUCGUAGUGGAUGGAAGAAUCUUGAGCAGGUCAUCAACAGACUUUCAGAGUUGGAUGAAUUCGAAAUGCCAAAGGAAAGUAGCAAUGUAAAAUAUCCUACAAUCUGCACCAAAGGAAAAAUAACGACUGUUCAUGUCCGAGAAAAUUUCAAUUUGCAGAACAAUGAUAAAAAUUGUUGGUUUCUUACGAAGGACUGCUGCAUAAAAAAAUUUAAAUCAACAAAUACGGAAACGGUUGCCGGUGGUAAACUGUCCAUAAGUGGCCAAAAGCUCGCAGUUAAAGGAUUAACAUUUAGCGAGUCAUUUGAUUUUAGCGAGUUAUUUAUAUUUAAGGGGAACACUGAAAGCCUUGAAAAUUAUCGUUUAGAAUUAAAUGCUGGUUUUAUUAAAUGUAAGUUAGUAUGUAUUAAAGGAACAACCCCGAAUGAUACUAUGUUUAUUCCGCUAGUGCAUACAUUGAUAUAG